AUGGCGGCCAAGGCUCUGGCCGCCCUGGGCAGUGCCCGUCGAGAGGCGGCCGCCGCAGCGAGUGAGGGAAGCGCCGAGAAGCUGUCACGCUUCCCUCAGGCAGUGCAGCAUGCUGCAGUGAAACAGACCGGGUGCGUGGACCGCAUCGUGCAGGUUGCUAUUGGCCACUCAGCCUUACCUUUUCCGGGUGCCCAGAGCUUCUCGACGACCAGGCACAUGAUUGUCAUUGUGGUCCGCUCUGCAAGCUGGUGCCCCCACCUGGUCCCGACCCGCUCCUGGCUGAAUCAUUGUGUCUGCGUCUAG